AUGGACGUGCGCGAGGUCCUACGCACGACUCUAGGCUGGGACUUUUCCUUUGUGUCUUCAGACCCGUCGGUUGCUCGGUGUCUCGUGGCGCACCCAGACGAUGUGUCGCGAUUGGCUGAGUGGCUCGUGCGCGAGCUCCCGCCGUUGUCGUCGCCAGCAAGUACCCAAAAUACGAUUGGGAGGAGCCCAAAACAAGACAAACGUAGCUGCCCGCGGCAAUUAGAAAUACGUUUAGCAGAAGAAUUAAGUUUCAAAGGUUCUGUACGAUCAUUGCCAUCGUCUGUGCGUACAACUCAAGAAGACCGUGAGGUCGACCGAGAGCUCGGGACGCUGCAGCAGCAGGUCUCGAUCCAAGCAGUGCUCAAGCGCUUGUAUACAGAUGUGCCAUUGUAUACACACGACGACAACGAGGUGGCUACACGAAACUUAUUCGAGAGGCAGGCGACGUCGUGUAACGCCCACUUACCCACCCUUCGAGGUGUGGUGAAUCAUAUCAAGGGGAAGGGUUGUUCGUCUACAGCGACUUCAACUUCAACAUACACUUUUGCCAUGUUCGAGUACAACUCGCAGUCACUUCAGGACGUGCUGAAGUACAAUCGAGCGGUACUGGGCGACAAUCGAGAUGUCGAUGUCCAGUAUGGACCUGAUGUGGCCCCAAGCAAAGAAGAGCCAGAUGCGCUUGGAGAUUUGAAAAAACGUCUCGUACUGUUCCAGCUGAGUCGCGUGCUCCAGUUCUUACACGAGAGAGGACUUGCUUGCAACGGGUUCUCCCCACGAGAUUUGUACCUCACGGAUACAUUGUGGCUACGUCUCGCUGCACUGCACCGCGUGCUUGACGUCUGUACCAAGGGUUGUGCAGCAGCAUCUGAGUGUCGUGGUGGUGGAGACGAUCAUGACCGGGUACAAAGUGUGGAUCUACCGGUACCUCGCGAUCUCAUUACGUGCUCUUCAAGAUCCAUUACGGACCGCUGGGUCACUGGCGACGUCAGCAACUUUGAGUACCUUAUGGCACUUAACAUGGCAGCUGGACGGCGUAUGGAAGACGGCGUGUUUCACCCGUUUCUACCGUGGGUCACCGAUUUUACUGCUGGUCCACACGGUGGCUGGCGAGAUCUGAGCAAGAGCAAGUUCCGCUUGAACAAAGGAGACGCACAACUUGACCGCACGUUUGCCAGCAGCGCCGUGCCUCAUCACAUUACCGAGAGUUUGUCCGAGAUCACGUACUAUAUUUAUAUGGCAAGGCGGACACCGAUGGCGCUGCUUCGACGUGUAGUACGUGGCGAUUUCCAAGCGCGUGAGUACCCAUCGACCAUGGCACGCAUGUUUGAGUGGACACCUGAUGAAUGCAUUCCGGAGUUCUAUGCCGACUCUGCUGUCUUCAAGUCACUUCAUGGUACCAACAUGGAAGACUUGCAGGUUCCAAUCUGGUCCGAUGUCAAUGGCGAUGACGUUGCUUCAGUGUUUGUACGACACCAUCGGGCGAUGCUAGAAAGUGACAGGGUGUCAACACUGCUGCACAAGUGGAUUGACUUGAAUUUUGGCGCCGCGCUGAAUGGCGCAACUGCAAUUCGCGAGAAGAAUGUCCCGCUCGUCGUACACGCUGCGAACAAAAGUCCUGGCUUCGUGCAGCUCUUUACGGACCCACAUCCAAGACGUAUAUGUUGCUGUCCAGGACAAAAGCAGCAGGAACCAAAGAUACAAUCGACAGUUGAUCUUGCCGGGUCGAAAACCAAUUCACCACGAGCUGCCCUACGGCCACCAGGGUAUACUAGAAAGGAGGUCAAUGUUAUGCUUUCGAGAGCGAUGCAAGUUGUGACGGACACCCAAAAAGAUGGCGAGUGCCUGUCUUCAUCAAUUGGAGGCACCGCAUCAGGUGGAAUGAGUGUCACGGGAGGUGGAGGAAGAGCGGGUGGUCGAGAGGUUGAAGUGUCGCGCCUUGGGCUUCUACAAGGUCAAGGCAGCAUGGAAAGUGCUGCCGGUACAAGUGGAGCUGCCGGGACGAACUAUGGCGGAAUGGCAGCAGCGUCUCCGAAUGAAGCUACUCGUAGCCAAAUCAUUAUGCGCAAUCUAAAGCAACGUCGACGAGGAAACAAGUCUCGAGCACGAUCGCAACCGAAUGGAGCUGGAGCUGACUCAACACCACCUCCUUCAACGCUUAUGCUCCACGGUGGACGGGAUGCUCUGUCGCCUCCAGUAUCUGGAUCAAUUGGGAUGAGCUCCUCAAGGCUUGGCCACCUUUUCCAUUCGGACUCAAACAACAACAACAGCAGCAGCACUCACGGCGUGUUCCCAAUUCCUCUAGAAACGUCAGUCAGUCCGCCGAACUCGAUGGAGUCUGGUACUAGCUUUGGUAACAAUGCCAACAACCGUAGCCUGACGACUACCGGUAGUCUCACGGAGCAUUUGCGUGUGCUCACAAUUUCGACACCUCAGAGCGUAAGUACCAACGUUAAUCGAGAGUCCGGUGGAUCAACUGGAGGUCGAGGCUCCCUGUCACAUCACACUCGUCAUUCUUCUCUCGGUAGUGAUGGAUCGAACACUGGUUCACAUUUGCUACGUGACUUGUGGCAGCAGCUACGCCAGCCUGAGGAUGAUGGCUCACUAGGAACGAGCAUUGUUGGCGGGCAAGGAAAUAGCCAAGUACAUGGUCAUCAUCGAAGCGGAAGUGCUGGUCACGAGCUGGCAUUAGCUCUCGGCGGAACAGCAGGUGAUAUGCAGCUCUCGGACCUAGAUGCUGCUAACGAUAUCGAUCCUGCUGUCGACGUCUUUGGACCACUUGACGAUGUGGAUUUGAAGUUACUCCAACUUGGACUACCGAUCGUUCUUUGUGACGAUGAGAAGGAGCCGAAAGUUGACGCUGACGAUGAUACACAUGGGCUUGGAGCGGAAGCGUCGAGGGCUAACGGGCAGCAAGCAGUCGCGGAUGCAAUUGUCGACCCGAUAUAUUGUAUUCCGGACGAGCUGGUAAGCCAUACAGCACAAGAGCUGGCUCUGUUUCAACGUGCUCAGGCUGCCGAUGUAUUUUCCAUGGGCUGUAUCGCUGCUGAGCUGUACACACACAAACCAGUGUUCUCACGGCGGUCUCUUGAAGACUAUCUGUUUGCUUACUCAAAGCAGCAGAAGCAAAACGCGUCUGAAAACGUGAUAGCUCAAGCGGACGGCUGGAUCUCAGGCAUAUUAGCUGCUCAGUGCAACGCAAAGAUUUCUCAGCAUCAGCUUCCAUGGAACUAUGCUCUGUCCGAACGGCUUGUUGGGUUACCACUCAAUCUGAAGCAAGCGGUGUUGGAUAUGCUUCAUCCAGAUCCACACGAGCGACUGCUUCUCGCAAGUAAAAUCGACGGAUUAGAAGCUGUCGUGCUAGACAAGUCGACUUGCGCUAUGAGCAGCAAGGCUUGUGUACCAUCGACACCAUCGCCGGAUGCAUUUCGUGCGGCUCCGUCUGCGCUGUUUCCAAAAGACAUGAUAAUGGUGUAUAGCUUCUUGACCAAGCUGCACAGCAUUCCAGAGCGCGACUGGCAUUCGCGAUUCACUGCGGCACGACACCUGUUGUCAUCACUCUCUGGUCUGUCCGAGAUCCAUUUUCGUGUAGCAAUGCCAGAGCUAGUGCGCUGUUUCCGAGCAAAGUCACACACCGAGACCAUUUGCGCUGAACGUGUGGCUGCUGCUGUGAUUUUCUUGCUUCCUGAAAUGGCACGUCAGCUCGGACGUGAACGAGCUCGGGUUGAAUUACUGCCUGAUGUGGUGCGUGUCUACGAAAGCAGCGAGCUGGGGCGCUCAUCACUUUUGCGCUGUUGUCUAGGAGCACCGAGCGUGUUGCUAUCGCUUUUACGUGCAUUUGGAGCUGCAGUGGUCCUCGACAGCAUUGUUCCUGUCGUGCUGGAGUGGCUUGUGCCACCUGUAGCAGCCGAUGCCGAUGCCGAAUUGAGGUCGUCACUGACGUCGCUGUCUCUACGUGCGCCACCGCCACUGCCAUUUGCUGCUGAAUCGGCAGCACUCACUGCCGUAACCUUUGGCGAGUUGUCGUCGUCAGCAAUGUUAGGCCCAUCGCUGACCGCCAAGUACUUGUUGCCAGCAUUGCUGACUCAACUGGGCCACGUGAAGAAUCGCUGGACACGCUUGGCAGACAACAAGACGCUCCGACGGACUGAUAACAAGGGCAGUGUGGCCCCAGCUCUUAGCGAGGACAGCGAAUCGCAUCGAAGUGCAGAAUUCCACAUCACGUUCUUGUCCAAGUCCAAGCUUUACGAAUCGCAUCACGUAGCUGAUGCAGUGUUGCAAGUGUGCCGUGAAUUGGGUGAGUUCCCUUUGGCAACUAUGCUGCUGCCUCGGCUAUUGGAGGUGCUGCCGCGACUCGUCUCUCUCUCCGAGAAAAUCGGCUCCGUGCGCAUCGAAGGAGUUCCAGACGAGCUGGGGCGCGAAAUCUACGUAUUGUUGCGCAUUCUCAGACACGUGGUCCGUACGCUGAAUGAUGCAGCCUUGCUCCAAGACCUCUUGUCUCGACGAUCGCGAGGUAACCUCAUGGAGCUAUUGAGACAAGCAUCUCCGCCUUUUUUGCAUCCCCGCAUGGCAACCGCUGUGAUCGCGGCCGCUACAUCAGGCACACAGCCAGCGGCAUCGAUGCAAGCGCCUACUGCGAGCUCGACCAAAAAGAACGUGCUGCGCAGUCUCAAUUUCAUGCGGGAAGCGGAUCACCGCAGCUUGCGCGCUUUCACGGUGGUGGGUCUAUCGCGCACGAUCGUGGCCGUGUGUCAAAAGCUCGGCGCAGAAGCUACCGUGGCCGACAGCUCGACUGUUAGCGGCAUCAACUCCUUCCUCAAACGAUGCAGUGACGUAUAUGCCGAGCUCGAAGUGUCCAACUUUCAAUGGGAUCUAGCCAGCGAGUUGGUGAGUGAGCUCUGCGUGCCGCUUCGCACGCUCUUGGGCAAAGAACUGUUCAACCGAAGCUUUCCAAUCGUUGCAAACAGCUCCGUUCUUCAGCUUCUGCUACUGCCUCUCAGCAGCAGUGCGGACGUCGGUACCAGCAAGACUGGCGGCUUCAACAGUCGAACCGUUAGCAAUGACCAGCGGAACGUGAGUGCUCUUGAUGACCGAUUAGCCCAAUCGCAGAUCCAGCGACGACAACAGGUGCCCGUGGCAGGAGAAGCGAACGGCGAAGAUGCUGACGAUGAUGAUGAUGAUGAUAACGAUGAGGAGGAGGAGGACGGCGAUGAGAAUGACGAGAGUACCGGCACCAGUGUCACCCCACGACCAGACGUAGAGGACCCCAUGAAGCACACGCCCGAGCUAUUGCGCUUCGCGUACCACGCGAUUCGACUGCAUUCCGUUCGCGCAACCAGUUUCCUCCGUGUGCCAUCCAAUGUACUCAUGGGAAGUACGAGCAAGAAAGCAGCGCAAUGGGAGACUGCUCUCAGCAAGGAGGUAUCGCUCUUGCAGGAAUCCCGUCGCCGGCGCAAAGUGACGAACUCUGCAGUGGCUCCAGAACGCGCUGGAGCAGCUGACGCCGUGUGGCUUCGACCUCGAGUUCGUCACGUAUUUGAGGCUCGACAAGACGAAGCGAUGCCACACGUUCCAGUCAGUGGCUUGGACAAUAAUGGAGGCAGCAGCAAUUGUGGAGGUGGCGGAGUGCCAGGACAGUCGUGGGCUCUAAGUGGAGACAUCCGCCAGUCCAUCAAAGCUCAUUCCAGUGCCGUUCGAUGCGUGAGCGUGGACGCCGACGAGGAACUGCUCUUGACUGGAAGUCGCCAUGGAUCUUGUCGCGUCUGGCGCUUAGCAAGUCACCCGGUUCAAGCUCGAGCUGCUGCACCAACCGGUGUGUUCGACAGUCGUCCAAUUCUGCUGAUCGCACGCACAGGUCGAGCAGCACCACACGGUCGUGGAGCAGGUGAAGCCGACGGUCUGGCCGCUGCUGCUUCAGCUUCCGGGGUCAUGCUCUGGGACCUCCCGACCAGUCAAUUGCGGAUGCGGCUGCCGUUCCCCGCUACGCACGAGCCGCUUCUGUCCAUGGCGACCGGACUUUCCACCUUUGAUAUUGCCGUAGCAACUGCCCGACGAGUUGUCUGCAUUGACGUCCGAACGGGUCCACGGGUAGUAGCGGAGUGGGGCGCUGAUGCUGCGACCGUCACGUCUCGAUUUGCGACAGCUGGCCGAAGUCUCAACUUGUCCGUCGUGGCAGCGGUUUUCUUGUACGACCAGAGCAGCUACGUCGCUCUUGGCACCACGAGUGGGUACAUUGUGCUCUUGGAUUCCCGAACCGGUGGCCACGUUGCCAAGUGGCAAGCGCUGGACACGAACACUCGAGUCGUGUACGUGAAGCAGCUCGCCGUGUCGUUGAUCCUCGUGGUCGGAGCUGACAAGGAGGCGCGCGUGUGGCGUGUACGACCGUCCAUGGACGACCGAAACAACGGGCUGCACGACCGACAGCUGGACAUGGUCAUUCACGGCGUGCCCGAAGGUAUUACAGCGGCUCAAAUAUCAGUGCACACUGCACAGGACACGACUAUUUUCUACGUCGCGAGUGGUGCGCGGGUCUACUGUGCCCAGCUCCCGAUCGCGUCGCGGGGACACGUGUCCGACCAAGUUCUUCCCGUGGUCGUACAAAUGGCAGCGUGGUCGCUAACAGAAUGCAGCAAUUCGGGUCGAAGCAGCAAGAGUCGAGUCGUUGCCUCGAGUAUUGCAGUGCUCCCGCUGCGUCAACUCGUGCUUCUUGGCGCCGACGACGGCUGCUUAAAGUGUGUCGUCUAA